UCAACACUUGCGAGCAGUUCAACACAUUUCUUAACUGCACAUAGAAAAUCACAACAAGGCAUCGUGACAAUGCCAUCAAAUUUUCUCACGCCCUUCCUUGAGUUGGACGACGAGUUUUGCAAGAGUUUUCGCAGUAUUGAUCUGACAGAUGGCGCACAGCAGCAGCGCACGGUGGGAUUCCAGCGCAGACAUUCCUUAUGUCCGGUCACUCUUCCCAACUCCAAAUUCAACGACAACAGCCCGUGGCCUCUCCAGGGCAUCAACUGGAACCUCGAGCAGAAACAACAGCUGCCCCGUUCCUCCCUCAAUCACAUCCCGUUCAGAGUCGACAGGUCUGUUAGUAUGAUCGAAGGACACGUGAGCGGUCUGGGGGCAUGCGAGCCCACCGCGCCCCUAGCUCCACCGCCCGGCCUCAGCAUCAGCAACAGUUCCCUGUCCUCUCCAAAGGGUCUCAGCGCCACCACGACGCCAAUGUCCACUCGCUACAAGACGGAGCUGUGCCGCACUUAUGAGGAGAGCGGCACGUGCAAAUACGGUGCCAAGUGUCAGUUUGCGCACGGGAUGGAGGAGUUGCGAGGCCUCAACAGGCACCCGAAGUACAAGACCGAGCCCUGUCGCACUUUUCACACCAUUGGCUUUUGCCCUUACGGCGCACGGUGUCAUUUCAUACACAACGCGGACGAGAUGCAAGGAAACGCGCACGGACAGAAGAGCGCCAGGGAGCGACCUCAGUUGCUUCGGCAGAGCGUCAGUUUCAGCGGCUUCUCAUCGCAAGCCCUGACCGGUUUCCAUGCCGUGCCGGACGCGCUGGCCUUUUCCAGGUCAUCUUCUGUGUCUCCUCCACCAUCCACAGGUAGUCCCGACCUGCUCUCCCCUCUCUUUCCCGAGCCCGGUUCUUUGAAGCAUAGCUACCCCUUCGCGGAUGUGGGCAGCAAUGACGCUCCGCGUUUCUGCGCCAUCACUGACUCCAAGUUUACCAGCAGCUGUGCGCAAAACCUGGCGUACGCGCUGAAGGGCCUGACGGCUCUCCAGCGCAGCUCAUCCGCGGACUCUCUCUCAGACCAGGAGGGCUACAGCAGCUCCAGCAGCCUCAGUGGAUGCGACUCCCCAGACAUUGAGGGCAGGCGUUUGCCCAUCUUCAGCCGCCUGUCUGUCUCAGACGAUUAGUCUAACAUUAACUGUGCAUAUUGCAUUCUUACUAAAGCAGUUUAUCUGCUUUGAUUUUGUAAAGUUUUAGACCUAUUCUUUUUUUAUAUGAAUUUGUUGUCAAUGUAUACUGUUGUAUACUGGUUCCAUGCUGCAGUGGGUACUUCACCUUAGAUUUAUUACAUGUUUGGGACAGUUCUCAAAAGUUCACCUUGUUUUCUGCCCAUUCUACUUAAGGUGACAGGGCUGUAAGAAGAAGCGCAGAUGUUCUGGGCAAUUCCCAAUGCACCCACAUUAUAUAGUCUAACCAAAGCUGAGCAACUUAGAGUAUAUACAUAUAGUGUAAAGUCUAACCCGCUCUCUGAACAUACUGUAAGCAAAAUGUAGCCUUUAGUUAAGGCAUUUUUUUAAUCGACAGUAUUAUCAAGUAGUUUAACCUAGUUUAAAACCUAUUUAUUGCUUUUUUAUAAUAUGCAGUGAUUGCCUUCUUUGUUUGGGUUUAUAUGCAUUUUGAAGAAGAAACAAUGUAGAUAAAGCUUUUUUGUCUGAGCCCGUUCGUCUGCUUUGCACGAGCUAACCCCUAGCUUUAAUUCAGACCAGAUGCACAGAGUCUAAAAGUUGGAGUCUCAGGAGGUAUUGAUACACUCCACUAUUCUGUAUCGGCCUGACAGUCUUUAUCAGUAAUAAUAUUCAGAGAUAUCCACAUGACAUUUUUAUGCAAACAAAUGUGAAUAGUGACAAUGUACCAGAAAAGAGUGAAGUUAUAAUAGCAUGGUCUUCGUCUCGUGCACUCUUAGUUUUUAUUUAAGAGGCGAAACAGGAUAUUUUCAAUGUGUACAUUUCUGCAUUUGUGUACAACCGAGAACUUAAACAUAGUUCAUCACUUGGAAAAAUUGAACUGGGUGUUCUUAUGUUUGUAUUAUUUCUCUGCCUGUUUUGCCUUGUGACAUAAGACACUCUUUUGUUAACUUAAAACUUAUUUAUUUUGUUUUUUCAAAGUGGGAAAACAGUAUAUUGUGUUGUGCUUUCGUUUCAUGUUUGUUUAUAUAUAAUUUAAAUGAACUGUUUACAUUCCUUGGUAUGGCAAUGCCCAUUUUCAUUAUAAUAUAUUG